AUGAAGAAGGGGGUAGUAAUCGUGGGAGCAGGCCCCGCAGGGCUAGCAAUCGCGGCAUGCCUCAACGUCCUCAGCAUCCCUAAUAUCCACCUCGAAAAAGAAGAUUGCUAUGCUCAUUUAUGGAAGAAGAAAGCAUACGAUCGACUCAGCCUCCACCUUGCUAAGGAAUUCUGUGCGCUUCCUCACAUGCCACACGCCGAUUCAACGCCAACAUAUAUCCCAAAAAACCAAUUCGUCGAAUAUUUGGACGAAUAUGUUGUAAGAUUCAACGUCAAUCCUAUUUUCAACGUAUCCGUCGAAUGUGCAAUGUAUGAUGAGUGUUCGAAGUCUUGGAGCGUGAAGACGCGUAAUUUGGCGACAGGCGAAGAAAAUGAAUACAAGGCGCAAUUCUUGGUGGUGGCGACAGGCGAGAACGCGCAAGGGAUCAUUCCAGAUAUUCCGGGGCUUAAGAGUUUUGAUGGUGAUGUGAUUCAUUCUUCUCGGUAUAGUAACUCCGGUAUGGAGAUUGCUUAUGAUCUUACAAAUUUUGGCGCAAAAACCUCUAUUUCCAUUCGGAGUCCGUUCCAUGUAAUGACCAAGGGGUUUAUACGUUUGGGCAUGACUCUUGUUCAAUACCUCCCAUUAAAACUCGUCGACAAAAUUCUGAUCGCUCUAAACUGCAUUUACUAUGGAAACCUGUCAAGGUAUGGAAUCCUCAGGCCCGAAAUAGGACCGCUCGCUCUCAAAGCCCUAAAAGGUAGGUCUGCAGUUAUCGACGUUGGUACAGUCAACAAGAUCAAGUCUGGUGAAAUCCAGGUUGUCAAAGAGCCUGUAAUGGUGAACGGCAACCAAGUUACAUUCAAAGAUGGAGAGACUCAUCACUUUGAUGGAAUUGUGUUUGCAACUGGUUAUAGAAGCACUGCAAAGAACUGGCUGAAGGAUGACAAGGGUUGGCUAUUGAAUGAAGAUGGAUUACCAAGAGAGAAGUUUCCGAAUCACUGGAAGGGGAAGAACGGACUGUACUGCGUUGGAUUAUCAAAGAGAGGACUUUUCGGUAUCGCGAAGGAUGCUGAGAUUACAGCACAGGAUAUUGCUAAGACUUUGAGCACUGAACGAUUGAACGGUUGA